CAUGUCGGCAUCCGAGGCAACGACAAAGAAUAAAGUAAAAGAUGAGUCAGACACACCGGCAGAAUGCAUCGCAGGACCAAGUCAGCUAAAAGACGGUAAUGCAGCCUCCACCAUGUCGCCCGCUGUUGCCAGCAGAAGUGAGUCCAUAGGAAUCAUGUCCUCAGCAUUGUCAUCACAGCAGCCCAGGAAAGAUGAGUCCAGAGCUGAAGACGGUGGACAGAAAUGUCCUUCUGCCUCGUCCUCACCAAACAAACCUGCUGCAGGACAUGCAGCAAAGUCCCUUUCGUCUACGUCCUUCUCCUCGUUGAUCGCCUUGCCCUCUACGUCUUCAACCUUGUCUCCUGGCCGGGCAAAGAUGAGCGUUUCUGGGCCGGGCAGUAGUAAAUCCGUCCUGCCACCUGUUCCUUCAUCCUCAACAUCUUCAUCUGCCACUGCUUCCCCUUCUCCAUCUGUGUCCCCUGCUCCACCCAAGAUCCACCGGGCCCGCAAGACCAUGAACAGGCCCCCGAUAGGCCAGUUGAGUCACGUUGAAGCACCUGCUGGAUCUGUGACGCCCUCGGGCUCCACCAUCAGCCUGUCGUCUGACUCUGAAACAGCUGCGAAAAGAAGGAAACUGGGUCAUUUAUUGAACAGUUCACCAGAGAAACCUGAAAACUCUCUGGACAAUAUAACUGUGGAUGAGCAGUUGUUCUGCAGAAAGGCGGAGUCCCUGACUGAGAGAAUGACGGUGAAGCACAACUUCGUGAAAAAGUCCGAGGAGGAAGCGGUCGAGAAAAUUCACACUUUGAAAAAGUUGGAAAAUGGCGGAGAAGUGAGGCGGAGGGCCAAAGAUACAGAGGGGUCAGUGAACAUGUCAGACCAUAGUUCAGAGUCUGAAACACAGAGAGCCGUCCAGAGGAGGAAGGAGAGCGACGAGUCGGAUCAGGACAAAGACAGAAACACAGCUGGAGUGGUGGAGCUGGUGGGAGGAAGGACUGUAGACUAUACAGAGGUUCCUCUGGGCGCUCUGGACAUCGCUGCUGCUGACAGUCUGACGCUUUCACCGCACGGUGAGGGCAGCGACGCCGGAGACACGGAGCGGCUGGAGGAGCUCCCUCUGUGCAGCUGCAGGAUGGAGGCUCCCCGGGUGGACAGCAGCGGGAUCAGGGUCAGCAGGCAGUGCAUGGCCACGGAGAGCAUCAACGGAGAGCUGCGGGCCUGCACCAACCGCACAGUGAAAGGAGAAACCAUGCGGCCGUCCAGUCGAGUGCCCCUCAUGGUGCUCUGUGAAGUCCACCGCUCACAUAUGGUCAAACACCACUGCUGUCCGGGCUGUGGAUACUUCUGCCUCGCAGGAACGUUUCUGGAGUGCUGCCCGGACCAGCGCAUCGCUCACCGUUUCCACCGCGGCUGCGUGACGGUGCUGGGCGGCGGGCGCAGCCGGGCCAACGGCGGCGGCAUGCUGUUCUGCCCCCACUGCGGCGAGGACGCCUCCGAGGCCCAGGAGGUCACCAUCCCCUCCUUCAGCUCGGCCACGGCCGCCGCCACCACCGUGGUCACCAUGUCCGCCUCCUCCACCACCACCCCGUCGCUGCCCCCGUCCGCCCCCACCGCACUCUCGCUCACAGCCUCCACGGGGGCCGCCAAGGACGGCACGAUGCCCGAACGGCCCGUCAGCGCUCGGAUGCGCAGCCAGGGUUUGGUGGCGCUGGAGCAGCAGCAGCAGCCUCAGCAGCCGGUGGCUUCGGCGGCCACCCCAACCGCCGCCCCCCCCACGGAAGAGGGAGUGGACAGCGUGGGUCCGUCUCUCUGCAUGCCCAACGGGAAGCCCGUCAGCGCCAGUGCGCUCCCGCCCGGGCCCAGCAGAGCGGCGCUGCAGAAAGCCAUCCUCACACAGGACACCGAGAGGAGGAAGAAGCUGAGGUUCCACCCUCGCCAGCUUUACCCGGCUGCAAAGCAAGGAGAGGUGCAGCGAGUGCUGCUCAUGCUCAUGGAGGGCAUCGAUCCCACGUACCAGCCCGACUCCCAGAACAGGCGGUCGGCUCUUCACGCUGCGGCUCAGAGAGGUCUGCUGGAAGUCUGCUACAUGCUGGUGCAGGCCGGUGCUCAGGUCGACGCCCAGGACAAGGACAUGAGGACUCCCCUGCUGGAAGCCAUCAUCAAUAAUCACAUCGAGGUGGCUCGCUACCUGAUCCAGAACGGCGCCUGCGUCUAUCACACGGAGGAGGAUGGAUACACGGGCCUCCACCAUGCAGCCAAACUCGGGAACCUGGAAACCGUCAACAUGCUGCUGGAGACGGGUCAGGUUGACGUCAACGCGCAGGACAGCGGUGGCUGGACGCCGAUCAUCUGGGCCGCGGAGCAUAAACACGUAGACGUGAUCAAAUCGCUGCUGAACCGAGGAGCCGAUGUCACAAUCAACGACAAGGAGCUGAACGUGUGUCUCCACUGGGCGGCGUACGCCGGUAAUGUGGACAUCGCCGAGCUGGUGCUGAACGCCGGCUGCUCCCUCGCCUCGGUCAACGUACACGGAGACACGCCGCUGCACAUCGCCGCCAGGGAGGGCUACCUGGAGUGCGUCACGCUGUUUUUGUCCAGAGGUGCAGACAUAGACAUCAUGAACAGGGAGGGAGACACGCCGCUCUCCCUGGCCCGGGCCGACACGCCGGUGUGGGUGUCACUUCAGAUCAACAGGAAGCUGCGAAGGGGAAUAACCAACCGCAUGCUCCGGACAGAGAGAAUCAUCUGCAGUGACAUUGCUCAGGGUUACGAGAACGUGCCAAUUCCCUGCGUGAACGCCGUGGACGACGAGGGCUGUCCCUCCGACUACAAAUACGUUUCAGAGAACUGUGAAACUUCAGCGAUGAACAUCGACAGAAAUAUCACACACUUACAGCACUGCAGCUGCACGGACGACUGCUCCUCCAGUAACUGUCUGUGUGGACAGCUCAGCAUCCGCUGCUGGUAUGACAAGGAUCAGCGGCUGCUUCAGGAAUUCAACAAAAUUGAGCCUCCACUAAUAUUCGAGUGCAACAUGGCGUGUUCUUGUUAUCGAUCGUGCAAGAACCGGGUCGUCCAGGCAGGCAUCAAGGUUCGUCUGCAGCUCUACAGGACAGAGAAGAUGGGCUGGGGAGUCCGCGCUCUGCAGGACAUCCCUCAGGGGAGCUUCAUCUGCGAGUAUGUUGGAGAGCUGAUCUCUGAUGCGGAGGCAGAUGUUAGAGAAGACGACUCCUACCUGUUUGACUUGGACAACAAGGACGGAGAGGUGUACUGCAUCGACGCCCGUUACUACGGCAACAUCAGCCGCUUCAUCAACCACCUGUGCGACCCGAAUCUCAUCCCAGUGCGCGUGUUCAUGCUGCAUCAGGACCUGCGGUUCCCCCGCAUCGCCUUCUUCAGCUCCCGAGACAUCCUGAGCGGGCAGGAGCUGGGGUUCGACUAUGGAGACCGGUUUUGGGACAUAAAGAGCAAGUAUUUCACCUGUCAGUGCGGAUCAGAGAAAUGCAAGCAUUCGGCGGAGGCCAUCGCCCUGGAGCAGAGCAGGCUGGCUCGCCUGGAGGCCUUCCCUGACUCGGGAGCUGACUGCGGGAUGCCCAUGCUGGGAAACUCUUGAAAGGCUCAGCCCCCUCAGCUUCACAUGCACACACUAGCAAACAGGAAGUCAAGGCGACAAGAAGGGGAUAUAGUUCAGUUACUCAUGGAAGGUGCUGAUUUUUUUUUUUUUUUUUGUUUACCUGAGACGUCAUCUAUAUUCCCAAAAACUGCCAGCGGAUUAGUUACUUUAUCAUUUCCAGUCUGGUAGAGGACAUGAGCCUUAACAGUUUUCUGGGUGUGGGGUGGUCUUGUGAUUGUCCUCAUACAGUAAUAUUACUGUAUCUCACCAUAUUCUUAUGCCUUUACGCAUAAACUGUGUGCAUUAGCAGCGUGCCAUCGUGUACCAGUCUUACAUAUAUCCAUUUUACACUUUUCUGUUGUGCCAAGAAACGUAAAGAGUCUGCCCUCAGCCGGUGCAGGACUCAAACACAAAAGGACUUGAAGGAUAGUGUCGUUAUUGGAUGAUGGUUUUAGCUUCAUCUUCUUUAUUUUUUUAUACAUAUUUCUUUGUUCUCACAUGUAGUGUAAUAAAAUAACUCAUGAGUUGAUGUGUG